UUUUGUUUUCAGAAGAAUUUAUCUAAAGAAGACAAUGAGACCAAGUAAUACUUAAACAUUUAACAACACCUAUAGAUUUAGCAACAGAAAAUAAGUGAUAACUGUUCAACUAUAGCUUACAUACAGUAGACAUAGCCAGGUGGACAUAACCAGGUUGGACAUAACUAGGUGGACAUAACCUUUGUGAUUGGUGGUCAAACAUUGAUUAUCAUUUCUCACAGUUGAUAGAUUAUCACAAGUAGAUAUAAUUUAUCAGAAUCUAGUAAAAGAUACAUAGCAAAAGAGGACUUUCAGACUUUUGGACCUGUCAAACAUUGAAAUAUAAAGAUGGCUUGGUCAUCGUACCAGAUUGUUCUGGCCAUUGUUAUGGUUAUAACUGGCUCCUUGAAUACAUUAUCUACAAAAUGGGCAGACAGACAGUCGGCUGAGGGGUCUGAUGGGACAGUCAGGAAAUUUGAUCAUCCAUUUUUACAGGCUGUGGGAAUGUUUAUAGGAGAGUUCACCUGUCUGGUAGCUUAUUAUAUAAUUAAGAUUUGUUGUCGACCUCAACAAGCUGUAGAAGGCGAGCAGCCGAGGUCAUUUAACCCGUUAAUAUUCCUGCCCGCAGCCAUGCUAGACAUGUGUGGAACCUCUAUCAUGUAUAUAGGGCUAAAUCUAACUUACGCCUCAAGUUUUCAGAUGUUGAGAGGGGCAGUCAUUAUCUUCACGGCAUUAUUAUCUGUGGCGUUUCUAGGCCGUGUGAUACGUAAACACAUGUGGGUAGGAAUGUUUACUGUGUUAUUAGGUCUGUUGUUGGUUGGACUGGCAGAUAUUGUAUUUGGGUCACCUGAUGGGCCGAGCACAAACACUAACGGCAUUAUAGCAGGUGAUUUACUGAUCAUUAUGGCUCAGGUGAUAGUCUCAGUACAGAUGGUGUAUGAAGAACGGGUGAUCGGAAGAUUUAAUGUACAACCUCUGGCAGCCGUCGGAUAUGAAGGACUUUUCGGGGCCCUUGUUUUAGGAUUAUUGUUGAUACCUUUUUACUACAUUGAUGCUGGAAGUUUCAGUCAUGCGGCAGGAAAUAGACUAGAGAACGUACACGAUGCAUUCGUACAGAUGGGAAACAAUUGGAGAAUCAUUUUAGCUACAGUUGGUAAUAUAAUGAGCAUAGCAUUUUUCAAUUUUGCUGGUAUCAGUGUUACUAGAGAGUUGAGUGCCACAACAAGGAUGGUGUUGGACAGUGUUCGAACACUGGUCAUCUGGGCUGUAACACUGUCACUUUCCUGGCAGGAUUUCCAAUAUUUACAGGUUGUAGGGUUUAUAUUGCUGAUACUAGGAAUGAUGUUAUACAAUGAUAUUAUCAUCAUGCCAUGGUGGAGACGUAGACGUGAGAUGAGAGAGGUCAAUCAAAAUGAUAGGAACAUUGGCGAGAGAGAAAGACUCCUGGGUAAUAGAGAUGAUGGCCAUGCUGUAAAUUAACUUUACCUUGACAACCGUGCAUAUGACAACCAUACAUAUGAAACUGUUGGUCUAUUACAUGUGAUAACACAACUGACAUACAUUUCAUUCUACUAAUUCUACUAAAAGCACCAUAAUAAGUCAUUUCAUAAGGCUACAAUGAAAUAACCUUUGGUACUAGAGACAUUUUUAGAAAGUAUAUAUGACUGUCUCCAUAUGGUGUCUGGAUAUUUUUUAUAUAACUAUAUUAUUAUUUCAAAUUUAAAUGUAUGAUGGAAUUCUCUUUAGAUAAAAGCACAUUCCUUUACAUGAAAUAGUUAUAAAUAACAAUUUUCACCCCAAUUUUGAUACUGAUUUUAAUUUGUUAUAUACCUAUUGCUUGUUGGUAUAUGAAAUAGAUAAAAGCAUAAAAUAUUGGAUGUUACAAGGAUAAGUCCUACAACUUAGAAGAUAAUUUAAUUUUAACUUUUAAAUGGGGCAGAUAAGCUCUGGUCAGAUUUCAUUGUUAUAUAGGCUUUUUUCUCCUCUAUAUAGCAAAUUCUGGCAAUGUUGAGCCCUUCAUCACCAACAAAAUUUUCAGGUUUACUUAACAAAAAACAAUUUUUUAUUUAAAAAGCAUUUUUUAUUUAAAAAGCAUGUUUUUUAUAUAUAAAAAUCAAAAUGCAUUUAAAUGAAGACUAGUCGAAAAAUUAAUAUGUAUUUUUCUAAAUCUGGAAAAAUUCAGGGGCCCUAACAUGCUGUUAGACACCUUUAUUCAUAUAAUUUUGUGUUUUAUUUAAAUAAUUUUGUGUUUUAUUUGAAUGAACAUUCCUAUUAAUGUUGAAGAGUCUAAUGCUGGCAAUAAUUGAUAUAUUUAUUACUUAUCUAUUACAUUAUGUUAGUUUUUGAACAAUCAUUGACUCUCUGUUUGUUUCAUCUAGCCCCCAUCGAAAGAUCUCUCAUAUUAAUACUCAUUACUUUAGCUACAAUUAUAAGACAUUCUAUAUUUGAGCCGCCUCACGACAAUACCAACAUAUUGCGUUUGCGACCAGCAUGGAUCCAGACCAGCCUGCGCAGUCUGAUCAGGAUCUAUGCCGUUCGCUUACCAACUCUAUUACAAGUAGAUAAAUUGAUAGCGAACAGCAUGGAUCCUGAUCAGACUGCACGGAUGCACAGGCUGGUCUGGAUCCAUGCUGGUCGCAAACGCACUAUGUUGGUUUUGUCGUGACGCGGCUCAUUUGUUACUUAUCUCUGGCUUAGGUGCCAGAUUUUUACAAGAGAGUUCUAGUUUUACAUAUUUGUUUACUCCCUUUUGAUUACAUACAAUGUAUAUCAAACAUUUUGCAGUAAACACAUUGUUUUUCACUGUGUAAAGAUUAUAAAGGGGAUUUAGCUUAUAUUGUUUUGAAAUUUUGUGAUGUAUAUUAAGUUUAUAAAUAUCAAUUUGGGUUUAGUCAAAUGGGAUUUAGAUAUCAAGGUGCUGUAAAGUGUUUACAUGGAUGUACUUUACAGUAUAGUGUAUCUAUAGGGUUAUCUGCUAAAGCACUCAACUUGCAUGGGGUAAUAGUAAACUGCU